CUUCGACCUCAGUGAUCAUCGGUCGGCCUUGUUCUUCGUUUCUUGCUGUUUGAGCUCGAUGUGGCGGUCGUGUCAUCGAAUUGGGGCUACUUUAGCUGGAAAUGAGCAAGUCUGGAACAUGUGCCACUUUCUUAUUAUCUUCAUCCUUCUCUUCUAGCGUAAGCUGCUCGGUUAAUUCUUUUAUAUUCACAGAACUCCAGCAAUUUCAGCUUGGUGAGGUGCUUGAUUCCUGAUGGCAUAGUCUUCAACUAUUUGCAUCGCUGGAUGAUCAAUUUCUCCAGCUUAGACAUCGCUUCCUUCUCUAUCUGUACAAAUGUCAGCUUCUCAAAAUGAUCAAGACCUAAUAUCUUGAGCUUUUGAAACCCUUUAGCCUCGAAGCAUAGUGUUUGCCAAUCAUAAAGCUUUUGAACAGAUUGUUGGUUCUGUCAUCAUCCGCAUCUAUGUAGUAAAGCUUUUGUACAGAUUGAAGAGCUCCGAUUUGUGCUGGGGUGCUGAAGCCAUAUUUGUAGUGCGUAUAGGAUAGUGACGAGUUUUUGGUCCAGGGAUACUAAACAUUUGUAGUCGAAUGAAAAUGUUUUGAUAAAGCCUUUUAAUAGCACUUCCAUGCUUCACUGUUUGUUAAUAUUGUGGCAAGGAUAUUUUCCUGCUUAUUUGGAGACCAUUACUUGAUCAAUUCUGAGCUUAGCUUAGGGUUGUGGCAAGGAGUGUCAUGUUCUAUGGAGGUGGAAUUUUGUAGGCUGACCUUGUUGAACGGAUUCUGAGCUUAGCUUAGGGUCCAUCCUUUGUCACUACAAGUUCAUAUGUACUACCAAUUAAGCUAUCAAUUAGGGCCAUAUGAAAGAUAUCCUGUACCAAUUGACACAAAUGUUAGCGGUUGAAUGAACGGAUUCCUCUGGCUAAGUGAGAGGAAUGUACUGACCAAUGUAAUUCCUUCGCCUAUCCAUGGAUUGGAGGAUAUUGUCAACAAUCAAGUAUAUAAUGUUACUUAUCUCAAUCCUGCAAAGCACAAGCACAUCCCCAGACCACCUGCUGGUGUUGUCAUUCCUCCAAAGGUUUUAGGACCUUUGGAUAACAAGCCAUUCCCUGUGUUAUGGCAUGAAGAUAACAGUGGUAGGCGCCAGAAUGGAAGAGAAAGGCCAUCAGUACCUGGAGCAAUGGUCGGUCCAAUGCUGGGAGAAGCAGCUCAUCGUCUUGUCAAGAGUACACUAAAUAUCAAGUUGAACAACAAUCAAUCCUCUGGCAUCUUGGAACCACCACGCAAUCGAAACUUUCCAGGAUAUUAUGCAGUUAAUAGACCAAGACCAGCUGCUCCCUCUGGGUACGAAAGGGGCUUCAGUGAAGAUACCCACCAGCACCAUGGGAAUCACAACUACACUAUUAUUUGAAGUCAGUUUAGAUUAGGGGAGGGAUUGUUUAUAUUGAAACUCCAUUAUUGUAGAUUCUCUUUGGAGCUGCAAUGUUAAAUAUAUAUUUUAGCAA